AAUGGGACUCUCCGGCCGCCGACAAACCUGCAGCUGGAUGGCCGCAAGAUAAACAAACCCGCUAGAGUGCUCGUUUUCCAGCGUUUUUUUUUUCUCUUUUAACGGCUGGAGAACAAAAUCGCUUUUUCUUGUAAAAGCAUGGCCACGGUCAAAAAGGACGACCGACUGACAAGCUCUCAAAGUUUACUGUGCGUCGGUUUCGCCGGGGUGUUUAGCAAAACGGCAACGUCGCCUCUGGAAGUCGUGAAGAUUUUGAGUCAAAUAGGAACGUUUCAUUGUAAACGGGGCUUCUUGCACAGCUUUGUUUUUAUUUGCCAGAAUGAGGGGCUUCGAGCUUUUUGGAAGGGUAACGCGGUUUCCUGUCUGCGACUGUUCCCCUACAGUGCCGUGCAUUUAGCGACUUACAAAAAUAUUGUCCACCUUCACAUUGAUGAACUGGGCGAUAUCUCACAAUGGAGAGCCAUAGUAGCCGGUGGGCUGGCAGGCAUAUCUGCAGCUCUAGCAACAUAUCCACUGGAGGUGGUUGAAACCAGACUUAUCGCUCAGAAUUGUCAAGAACCAACGUACAGAGGGUUGCUGCAUUCUCUCUCCACAAUCUACAGAAAUGAAGGACUUCAGGCUCUCUACAGGGGCUUUUCCCUCACAGUGUUAGGUGCUGUUCCCUUCUCCGUUGGCUGCUAUGCGGUGUAUGUCAAUUUGGAUAAGCUGUGGCAGGAGCGUCACGUUCGCUUCACGUCUUUGCAGAACUUCAUCAAUGGCUGUCUUGCAGCAGGAGUAGCUCAGACGCUCUCCUUCCCGUUUGAAACUGUUAAAAAGAAGAUGCAGGCCCAGAGUCUUCUUUUGCCCCAUUGCGGAGGAGUUGAUGUCCAUUUUACUGGAAUGAUAGACUGCUUCAGACAGGUCAUCAAGAACAAGGGCAUCAUGGCUCUUUGGAGUGGCCUUACAGCCAACAUGGUGAAGAUUGUCCCGUAUUUCGGCCUGCUGUUCAGUUGCUUUGAGAUGUGUAAGCAAGUCUGCCUUUACCAGAAUGGCUACAUCAUUUCUCCACUAAGCUACAAGCCUAAACCUGGCGUGGACCAGAGCCUGGGCCCAUAUGAACUGCAAGAGUUUAAGCGCUACCUGAGAAACAGAAAACCACACAAAGCACAGAGUUCAUCCAUAGGAAACCGCUGGUAACUAAUUCAAGAGAAGUUAUCAGUAAUAAACAGAACUCGAACAGAAACGUGCAUCGAUAAUGAGUAUAAAGUGUUUUUACUGCUAGAAAGCACAACGUAUUAUUGUACCUCUUGUUGUAUUUAACUUUAUUAAGGAUUCUGUACAUGCAUACUUGAAAUACAUUUCAUACAUUCUUCAGUACCUCAAAAACCAUCUGACUUACACUCCACUGAAAAAAGUGUUUUUUAUAAAGUGUUGAAAUGUAAAGUCUUUGUAUUAAUCACUUCUCAGGAAAUAUGUUGAACAUCAUUUCAACAGUAUACAGCAAUGCCUUUGUCAAACAAAGCAUUAGUCUUUUACCGGAUUUGUGGCUCUUGGGCCUUUUUUAAGGUCUUCUGCUAUUUAUAAACCACAAGGCUUUUAAAGUCAUAUGGUGGCGCAGUUUUUGCAUAUUUGAUCAUAUGUGACAGUAUGAUUUUGAAUGUGCAUUGUAAUGUAAUAUAUAUAUAUAUAUAUAUAUAUAUAUAUAUAUAUAUAUAUAUAUAUAUAUAUAUAUAUAUAUAUAUAAUGUUGAUCUGGACACAUGGUAACCUAGUGACCACUGACUGAUUCAGCUGUGAAAAGGACAAGAUUUGUUUAUUAAAAAUGUAUUUAAGUUUUCCAUUGUAAGGCAUUGUGCCACAUGUUUAAGCAAAUCUUUAAACAUAUUGUAAAAAUGAAGUAUAAUAAAUAAACGUAUCUUAGUCCUUAUUGUCAA